GGUGGGUAUAGUCUCAGAACCCAGGUGCCAGGCCUCUCCUCAGGACCCCUACUUCUGACCUCAAUGAGGCCGGGCCUUCAACACUAAGGUAGGAGGGAUCCUGGCCAGCAGGUCAGCCAGUAGUUCAGGAGAAAGGUUGCUGGGAUGGGGGUUCUGCUGCCACUUCAUUUUCUUCCAUUCAAAUAGUCUGCUCUGUGUUUCUGCUCUGCUGUGUAAAAGGUCACUGACUCUCCCUAGAUGAUUGCUCAGUUCACAUCCCUAAACUCUCUCUAUUUGGGCCCUAGGGAGGUGUAGCAACUCCUGAGGGAGCUUGUUCUUGAGGCUGACUGGGUAAGAGGAGAAAAUGGUGCCUCUGACAGUUCCCAGUUGCUGGCUGGAGUCCCAGGGAAACAGUAAUACAGGCAAAGGAGUAAAGUAGGGGAAGAGAGAAGGGUAGGGGCAGGGAAGAAUCCAGAAUCCAGAAUCCACAACAUUAAUUCCCCAUUUCAAGAAACUCUCUCCUCCCCCACACCCACCCGAUGUGGCUCAGCACCAGGAAACCAAAAGCCCAGAGCACUGUGGCCACAGAGACACUCGCACGCAGCCCUCGGGGUGGGCAGGACAGGCUGCAGGCAGAUGAGGACAAGAUGUGAUCUGAAGAGGCCUUGUGGCUUAAGGCCACUAUUGGAGAGAGAGAGAGAGAGUCGGCCAGACUCUCGGACAGCAAGCUAUACGCGCCACCGAGUGGCCUGUGUAGACCCCACUGCCCGCCCCUCAGGCUCUCGAUAGCGGCCCUUACCCUGCGAAGCAUGUGGCCCAGUGGUCUUGAGGUUCCCGGUGCGCUCAGCCAGUGGCUGCUUUUGCUCCUCCUGUGGCUGCUGAUGGGACCAGUAACUGGCGCCCCGACCACGCCGGACACCUCCAGCGCCCCAAGUCUGCGGGAGCGCGCACGGGCCCUGAUGCGGGACUUCCCGCUCGUGGACGGACACAACGACAUGCCCCUGGUCGUGAGGCAGUUUUACCACAAUGGGCUACAGGAUGUUAAUCUGCACAAUUUCAGCCACGGCCAGACCAGCCUGAACAGGCUUAGAGAUGGUCUCGUGGGUGCCCAGUUCUGGUCAGCCUACGUCCCAUGCCAGACCCAGGAACGGGAUGCUGUGCGCCUUACCCUGGAGCAAAUUGAUCUCAUCCAGCGCAUGUGUGCCUCCUAUGCUGAGCUGGAGCUUGUGACCUCGGUUGAAGCUCUGAACAGUACCCAGAAAUUGGCUUGCCUCAUUGGUGUGGAAGGCGGCCACUCACUGGACAGUAGCCUCUCCGUCUUGCGAACCUUCUACGUGCUGGGUGUGCGCUACCUGACACUCACCCACACUUGCAACACACCCUGGGCAGAGAGCUCGGCUAAGGGUAUCCACCCCUUCUACAACAAUGUGAGCGGGCUGACCAGCUUUGGUGAGAAGGUGGUGGCAGAAAUGAACCGUCUGGGAAUGAUGGUAGACUUGUCCCAUGUCUCAGACGCCGUGGCACAGCGAGCCCUAGAAGUGUCACAGGCACCCGUGAUCUUCUCCCACUCAGCUGCCCGGGGCGUGUGCAGGGACACUCGGAAUGUUCCUGAUGAUAUCCUGCAGCUUCUGAAGAAGAAUGGUGGCAUUGUGAUGGUGUCCUUGUCAGUGGGGGUGCUGCAGUGCAACCUGUUAGCCAACGUGUCUACUGUGGCAGAUCAUUUCGACCACAUCAGGGCAGUCAUUGGAUCCAAGUUUAUUGGGAUUGGUGGAGAUUAUGAUGGAGCUGGCCGGUUCCCUCAGGGGCUGGAGGACGUGUCCACAUACCCAGUACUGAUAGAGGAGUUGCUGAGUCGUGGCUGGAGUGAGGAAGAGCUUCAGGGUGUCCUUCGAGGAAACCUGCUGCGAGUCUUCAGACAGGUGGAACAGGUACGGGAGGAAAACAAGGGGCAGAGUCCCUUGGAGGACGAGUUCCCGGAUGAGCAGCUGGGCAGCUCUUGCCGCUCCGUCCUCCCACAUCCUCAUCAAAGACAGAAUCUGGCUCCAGACCAGAAACUAACCGAGACUCCAGUGCAUGGGAAACUCAUUUUGUCACCUAAGUGGUCAUUCUCAAAAUUCCACCCCUACAUGGCCCCAGGCCUCAAAGUUAUUGCUGCCUUCCCAGUCCUCAUUCUGUGGCUCUGGUGAUCCAGUUAAUCCUGUCAGAUGUCAUUUUGGCAGCUGCAGACAACCCACAAAGUUCCCUCACAUGCAAGCACAAACAUUUCCUGAAAAUAAAUGUUUCACACAUGGAA